AUGCCGCUCCCCUGCCAGGCCUGCGGGGCGGAGCGGCCGCGGGAGGAUGGGUGUCCGCAGUGCCGCGGCGAGCGCGACUCGGACUCUGACUCUGACGCCGGCCUAGACUGCCUGCCAGUCGAGUGCAAGAUCGAGUCCGUGUCCGAGGCUGAGGACGUGGCCGAGGAUGAGGCCAAGGACGGGGCCGCAGACGGGGCCGCUUGCGGGGUCGACGAUGUGGCCGAGCAUGCGGCUGAAGUCGGGGCAGGGCCGUCCAGUGGCGUAGGGGCCAGCUCGUCAGGGAAGAAGCUCAUCGAGUGCGGUGUCUGCCACAGGAGGUUCUCCCACACGAGCUACCUCUACUCGCAUCUGAAAACCCACACAAAGGAAGAGAUUGGGGCGUUAGAUCUUUCGACUACCCGAGCGCUAUCGUCGGUCAAGGAAUACCAGUGCCCCGAGUGCUACAAGGCAUUCUCUAAAUCUGACUCCUUAAAAAAGCACAUGCGGAGGCACUCGGGAGAGAAGCCUUUCGAAUGCCCCGAGUGUCACCAAAAAUUUACCCAAGGCAGCUCAAUGAGGAUGCACCUCAGAAUAACUCACUCAAAGGUGACUAAGACUUACGAGUGCACCGAGUGUGACAAGUCGUUUCCCAAGUCAGACUCCCUCAAGAAGCACAUGCGGACUCACACGGGCGAGAAGCCAUUCGAGUGCUCCGUUUGCUCUAGGAAAUUUUCGAUUUAUGCGUCUCUUCGACGCCAUGUUCAAUAUCACACUGGAGAUAAGCCUUUUGAGUGUGAAAUUUGCCACAAAAAGUUUGCCACAAGCUCGUACCUGAAAACCCAUUCGGAAUGCCACUCAGGGGAAAGACAUGAGUGCGAAGAGUGUCACAAAACUUUCAGUUUGAAGGCUUCCUUGAUUGUCCAUCGUCUUAGACAUACUGGGGGAAGGCCAUUUAAGUGCACGUUGUGUCCAAAAACGUUUCUUCGAAAGAGCGAUUUGAAUAUUCAUAUGAAAACUAGUAAAAGUCAUAAAAGUGCGCCAGAGGACACUGCACUACCAGACUGA